ACUUACGCAAGACGGAAGUGUUUGAUGGCUUCGGUCCUUAAGCAAGAUGGCGUCGCAAGAACAGAAAAACAACAAAUCGGCGAAACCAGGUGGAAAGGGCAGCCAGCCGCUGGUCAUUGCCAAAACCGCUGCGGAAGAACAACGCUUAAAAUUGGAGCGGUUGAUGCGGAACCCCGAUAAACCCGCUGCCAUCCCCGACCGACAGAAAGAAUGGAACCCUCGGGCUCCGCCGGAGUUCGUCCGAGAUGUGAUGGGCUCCAGUGCCGGGGCGGGCAGCGGUGAGUUCCACGUUUAUCGGCACCUCCGACGCCGAGAGUACCAGAGACAAGAUUUUCUGGACAAGAUGUCUGUCAAGCAAAGCAAGGAGCAGGCCUACUUAAACAAAGUGGAACAAAACCAACGGGAAGCCGAAGAGAGGACGGCAAAGCGCAGGAAGAAGCGGGAAAAACGGAAGCAGAAGAAGCUCAUGGCGAAGAAAGCCAAAACAAACCAACAAAAUGGAGAUGCGGAAAGAAGCCCCGAUAGCAGUGAAAACGAAAAGGAGGCUGAUGAUGACAAAGAGGCUGAUGAUGACAAAGAGGCUGAUGAUGAUGCUGAGGUCCCGAGCUUUGUCAUGGGGAGGAAGUAGUCCAUUUGCCAAGAGCCCGGACACUUUUCGAAACACGUUUAUUCCCAUUUUUGACAAACGAAGAACAUGACUGUAAACAUUUUUUGAGCAAGUUUCGACGAUGCUGCCUGAUUGAGCAGCCCUGAAACUGGUUAUAGCUGACUCAAAAGGAAAAAAACAAAAAGAUCUUGUGCUAUACACACUUACUUGUGUCUGUUGUCAAGAAAUCUGUGAUUUGAACUCUGAAAUUGUUUGCAGAUCCAUCACUUUCCCUCAUUUUGUAAAUGAUUUUAGUAAACAAAUUUUGGUAAUUGAAA